AUGUCUUCUCUUCUGGCAGAUAAUUUGUUCGGGGUCAAGGGGUACGUGGCAGUUGUGACAGGAGGCAGUAGUGGCCUCGGGUUUAUGAUUGCCAGAGGCCUUGUAAAAAACGGCGCCAAGGUGUACCUCAUCGAUUUACUGAGUGAGCAGAUUAACAAGAAGGUAACAGAGCUCAACGAACUUGGCAAAGAAGUCGGAGGAUCUGCCCAUGGGAUCCCCUGCGAUGUUUCUGAAAAGCAAGCCAUCCAAGAUCUUGCUGCUCAGGUCAGCAAGCGGGAGACUCAUGUUGAUAUGCUCAUUUCCAACGCGGGCAUAAGACGAGACCCACCUGUCCAAUGUAAUGUGUUGGAGGCAUCCCUGUCCGAACUGCAGGCCUCGAUGUGGUCCUCGCGACACUCAGACUGGGCUGACACAUUUUGUGUCAACACUACUGCCCACUACUUCCUUUCUGUGGCCUUCCUCCCAAUGCUAGAGGCUGCUUCACGUCUCACACUACCCGAUGGCCGGCUUGGUCGAAGUGAUGGUCGCGGAGUGGUCGUGAUCACUAGUUCAUGCGCAAGCAUGCACAAUGUCACAAACGUGGACCUGACGAGUUAUGCUACAAGCAAAGCCGCAACUGACCACUUAGUUAAGCUGCUGGCAGCCAAGUUCAGCCGCUUCUAUGUACGAGUGGCGGGAAUCAAUCCAGGUUUUGUUCCAAGCAAAAUGAACCCUGUUGGGGAGAAAGGGAACGUCUUCGGCGCCCUUUUUGACAAGGUCCCAGCUAAGAGAGCAGGAAUCGAGGACGAUAUUGCUGGCACUAUCUUGUACCUUGUCAGCCGUGCGGGUGCGUAUGUGGAUGGAAUAUCGCUUUGCGUUGACGGAGGCCGCAUUCUGUUUGCUAAUGGUCAAUAA